CUAUGUCUAGCUAUGAUCGUAUCGGAAGUUGUUCACACGCAACUAUAAACUAGGCUAGCCUAGGAAGGAAGAAUUUAAAACUUAUAUACUGGUUUUCUAAUGAUGAUUUUAACUGUAAAAAUAUUACCAGGCGGCAGAAAAGAAUGUUCCAUAGAGGUGAUGGACCAAGAACCAAUUUUAUCAGUAAAAAGAAUGGUUGCUAGGGAGCUUGACGUCCCUGUUCAUCUUCAAAGAUUAGUAUUUAGGGGGAAAACAUUAUCAGACGGAUCAGCAUUGAAUGACUACAAUAUAGGUCCCAACACAAAAAUUCAUCUUGUAGUUCGUAAACCAGAAACAGAAUGUGACCCAUUACAUACAUCAAGAAUAGGAACAAAUACUGAAUUCUGGGAAAAACUCAGGUUGAAACUUAAUAAACAUUUUACAAAUGAUAAUGCUGAGAAAAUUCUUCAUCAAUUUAAAAUGGGUUUUUCGUCUGAUGUUUGCAAUCUUAGUCUGGAUGAAAUUGAGAGGUUAGCAAUAUCCAAAGAAAAUAAAGAUGGACACACAGACCAAGCAGGAACUUCUAGAUAGUUGCUGCCGUGAAUAAACGAAUGAAUUAAUUAGAAUUUGCUAGCCAAUGCACAUGAAAACGUAACAUCCACAACACAUCUGGCAGCCUGCACCUGUAUGAUGACUUUUUAUGACAGCUUGAUUCUGAUUGGCUCGAUAUAUUUUGCUCAUCAGAACUGAGAUAUGUUAGGUCAUGUGAUCGACUCAUGACAGCAGCAGAUUCGUCUCUCGCUGAUUUGGAUGUUCAUAUGUGGAUAUCAAAUUGACCGAAUCAGGUUUUUCUUUUUUAUGUCGUGGGUUAUUGUAGUUACUCACAUAAUGGUGGCGCUUAUAGAAUGGCAUAGUGUUGAAUAUACAUAAAUACAGUGCAUACUCUGAUGAACACCAUUCAAUGCGUUACAACCCAGGCAUAGGGUCUAUUGCAGUAAAAAUGUAAUUUAGUAUAGUGAAAAUGUAAUUUAGUACAGUGAAAAUGAAAUUUAUUACAGUGAAAAUGAAAUUGAUUACAGUUUAAAUGUAAUUGAUUACAGUGGAUAUGUAAUCAUCACAGUGAAAAUGUAAUCAAUUACAGUAAAAAUGUAAUCAAUUACUGUGAAAAUGUAAUCAAUUACAGUGAAAAUGUAAUGGAUUACUCUGGAAAAUGUAAUCCAUUACCAUGAUAAUGUAAUCAAUUACUGUGAAAAAUCAAUUACUGUACUGUGAAAAUGUAAUUGAUUACAUUGUAAUUGACCCCAUGCCUGUUAACCAUGGGAUAUCUGUAUUGACAUGUGGGGUGGGGGAGGGAACUGAUUGGGUGGUGCAAAGUUAAGUGGGGAUCGAUGAGUUUCAAUUGUUGAAUGAGGGCACACUUACUGGCAAGAAAAGGCAAUUUUGAACUUUAGGAAGUGUGGUGUGGCUGGGAGCUGCAAGCUUUUUUGGGUGAGGGUGGUGGUGGGAGGGGGAUGGUGGGUAUAUUUUCAUUAUGCCACAGAUUACAACUACUACAAGUGCUUAUAACAUACCUUUAUAUAUAGUACCUACUUUUUACCUUAUGCCAUGUUUCCAUAGCACCUGAAUUUACUAUUAAAUAUAAUACUCUCUGUUUUGGGCUAAAACUUGAGGAAGAAAUUAAUAUUUGAAUUGCGUACUUUGUAUAUUAAGUUAACCGACUCUUAAAUUAUAUUGUUCCUAUAUAUUUUGCAUAGACUCUUAAAUUGGCUGGUAAUCAAUUUUAGUUAAUAAGGAUGUAAUUCAGAGGAAACUUAACUGUUUCCAUCUCUGCUCAUUGAAAGAUUCUUUGAAAAGAUAAACUUCAUGUUGAAUAGAAUUGUUUUAAAAUUUGAUCACAGAUAAUAUAAACAAUUUGUAAUUUAAUAAGUUUGCAAGACACUUUAUCUACAUUUGAUCCCCUCUACCCAGGAGGGUGAAUGGGUACUGACAUAUGGGGCUUGCCAUGCCAAAACCAGUAUCAAUGACCAAAAAAAAACGAAAACUGACUACUUUUAUAAUAUAUUCAUAUUCUUCACAUUAUAAGCUUUAAAAUGAUAGGUCGUAUGCUGGAAUAAACUUAUUAUUAUUAUUAUUAUUAUUAUUAUUAUUAUGGCUUCUCUGUACUAAAGUGUACAACACUGCCACAUUUUUAUGUUAAUUACUCGGUUUAACAAUUAACGGCAGUACGCUGGUUUUGGGAUGGCAAGCCUCAUACGCUGGGAAUGUAAACAGACUCGCUAUGUGAAAGAGUGAGAACACCCUCACAGCAUUGCAGAGUCUCCCUCAAAUUCUAAAGAAGGAAAUCUAUGCUCCAGCCUGCAUAGGUUCAACUGCCUUAAUAAUUUUGUCCUUUUUUCAACAUUUUAAGUUUGUCAGUGUUAAAUUUUUUUUUUCUCAUGCCUACAGAGACAUGGCUUGUUACACUGAAUGUCUCACCACUUGUUAAACAUGCAUGUUCAAGUGUAAAGCUUGUAGCACACUGCUCUGUGUGGGCACUCGCCUAAUGCAACCCCAAUCUACUGACUGUCAGUAGAUCUGAAAAAAAAAAAAAAACAAUUUGUCCGGAGACAUGUCAUGCCGACGCAGAGUACCCCAGACUUUUCAACCUGACCGUAGAUGUAUUAUAGGUGUGGGUGCGAUUACCACUGUCCUUACUCUUGGAAUGUAUGCAUCCACACAUUCUAUCUUUAAGCCCUGUCCAGACUAUCAAAUUUUAUUUCACAAAAAGCAUGUGACAUGCCUAAAUAUGGUCAUGAUGACAUCAUAUCAUGACCAUAUAUAGGCACAUCAUGACUAUAUAUGGGCAUGCAACAGCUUUUUGUCUGUAGAAAAUUUAAUAGUGUGGACAUAGCUUAACACUCACCCAACUUGUCCUUAAGGUCUGUUUACACCGUCAGAUUGUAUGUGACAAAUCUGUGUAAUUUGCACAUAUAUGAGCAUGAUAUGUCACAACCAUAUAUUGGAGAAUUGUCUUUUGUGGACAGACAUUUACAUGUGGAUACAAAUUGUACAUGCAAGUCAAACAUGUCUUUAAACCGGGCAAUCAGUGUGUUGUACGACAGCCUUAUGACCGUCAGAUUGGAGCGCAUUAGUGGUUCUUUUUUAAUGAUCUAAAGUCAAGUGUAAAAUUGAGUUGUUACUAACUAUUUCUUGACUUUUCGCCUGCUAUCGGUAAGGCUUAGUCAUAAGUGCCUAUAUGACAGUGGUGGAGUCGAUCAUUAAAAAAGAACCACUAAUAACGUAGAUUCUCUAACUUUUGGAGGUUAUUCGGUAGCGGCGCUUAUAAAAAGAUAUUGGCGUAGCGCUUUCAAUGCCCAUUCCCAUAUUUUACAUAUUCCAAUAGUUCAGUAGGCCUAUCAUAAGUCCUAUCAUCGUAAACAAACAUUUAUAAAGAAAUUCUUGUGUCUUCAUUGUGUUAUUUAUUCAUUUUAAUACUGUAAACAUUGUAUUUAAAACCCGGUUUCAUUACACACAGGUUAAUAUUAUAUACUCUAGAUUAAGCGCUGCAGCACUUAUUCAAGAGCAACGCUUAACAAAAAAAAUUAUGUUCGGUGCGGCGCUUAUUCAAGCAUUUACGGUACUUAUUUAUCGUUGGAUCCAACGGAUUUAUUCAACAUCGACCUAUCUUCUCAAAAAUAUUUAGAUAUUUCCUAUAUUCUGAAGUAGUCAUUCUUAUUUUGCAGUCCAUUUGAAUUUUAAGCCAUAUUAAUUGCAUUUCUUUAAUGGAUAUUUUAAAUAAUAGAAAUAAUACUAAUUGAUUUGAUAAAAAUGAUAGAGAAGUUAUGAAUAAACUAGGCCUAGAAACAUGUAUUUUAGGCAGUUAAUUUUUCAAUGAAUUUUUGGUGUGUAUGUGCCACUGAUCUUCAAUAUUGAGAGAUAUUUGUUUGUAUUUAUCUUUGCCUUCUUUGUUGUUUUUUGUUUUCAUCACAGUUUAUAAUUAUAAACAUAAUGUAAAUUACACAAAAUGUUUUCUAUUAAAAACUAAAAGUGCAUUUUUUGUUUUCAUAAUUUACAAUAUAACGUUUAGUCAGGUAUUCUUUGCCUAAUAUUUUAACUACUUAUGUAAUCAAAUACUGUAUAAACAAAAAUAUUUUGUAUGUAAAAUAGUCAAUCCACAAUACAUAUUAUAUUGGAUGCGUGUUGAAUGUUAUGUAAUUCAUAGAGGGCACAGUCCGUCAUCAACACAGAAAAAAAAAAUUUCAAAUUAAUUACCAAAUGUUAUUUUCUCAUUUGUCUAUAAAACACAGAGCACUUUUUUUUCAAUUUGAUUUGUUGUAUUUUGUGAAUCAUAUAGUGUCAGUGGAAUAUUAUGGGUUUGAGGAGUACGGAUAUUGAAAUAACGAGUGAUAAAAAAUAAGUUAGGGAGAGUACUGUAUGUUUUACUGUACAGUUGUCCAUCAGACUUUCAACAAUGAGGUCUGUCGGUGUGGGGGGUUGAUAUCUACACUUUCUAUUUCACUUGCGUUCUUUAGGCAAGGCAUUAUCUAUGGCCCAGGAGUAUAUUGGAGUAUAAAGUGAACCUAUUUUAGAAUAUAUUUGGUUUAGGAGAAACUAAUGCAUGACUAAAAAUAUUCCCCCUCCUCAUCCCCUGUGAGGAGUUCACUUAUUACAUAUGAUCUUAUUUUUAUUGACAAGGUAGUUUGUAAUGGGUUUGCUAAUUUAUAUGUAACUGCCAAACAUAUUUUUCCCAGGGGUGCAAAUUUGUAAAAUCUAUUCCUUUGAAAUAUUAGCAAUUUACACUUGGUCCCGGUGCAUGCAGUGAACUAGAAGUACAGUAUAUUCAAAGUACCUGCUACAGUAACUACUCGGAUGUAAUAUUGUAGUCACUAAUAAUAUUUUGUAUAAUUUUAACCAAGCAAUGUACCGCAGCAGGUAUAGCUUUAUAUAAUCUUUGAAAAGGCUAAAUACCUGAAUAAUAACAGAGAUUUUAGACUGAUAUUGCAGAGGUGGAUCCAGUAGGGGUGGGGGAGGGGCAUGCCCCCCGUUUUUCCACUAAUUUUAAAAUUUCAAGGCAUAUAUUGAAAUUAGUGCUCUCACUUAUCUAUUCUGAACAUGUUGUGCCCCCCCCCCAUUUGAAAAAUUCUUAAUCCACCCCUGUAUUGCUAUGCUGAAUAGAGGGUAGGGGAGGGGUGCGCACCAAUAAGGACCUAGAGCCCAUAUUAGCCUAUACAUAGGCACCUAUCCGUAAAUUCUUAUUUUCUCUGUUUUUCUAUCCCCUGUUUUGGUUGAUUAGUGAAUUACUAUUCAGGGAGGAAUUUACUUGGUAAACAAUGUACUGUAUACAGAUUAAUGUAUGGUGUUAAAUUAUGAUUUGUUGUGUCAUUCAAUUGAAACAAGUUGUGAUUAAUGAAUAUUAUUAGGAAAUGCUCUUUUUUGUAAAUGCGUCUUGAAUAAGUUAAUAAAGAAUAGUAAUAUUAA